UUCUCUUCAAGCGCGAGGUAGUCGUCACUGAGUCCUCGAUCAAGGCUAACCUGACGUGGAGAGAGCUCAGAUACAAGCGACUCAUAUCCAUCCAUCGGUAUAAAUCUCCGGUCGGUCACACCCUUGUCAAGUUCGAAUCGUUCCCAUCGACGGAAUCAUGUCUGACCCGUGGAACACCGCAGCCCAAGACGAUCCCUGGGGUACGGGCGGCGGGGAUAGCGGUCCAGCUGAGGAUGCGAAUAACAAUCGACCGGGCGGCAAAGGCUGCUUCACCUGUGGGGAGGAGGGUCAUCGGAAGAGCGACUGUCCGCAAGGCGGAGCUGGAGGCGGCGAUAGGAAGGGCUGUUUCAAAUGCGGCGGGGACCACAUGGCCAAAGAUUGCGAGCAACCGGACAAGUGUCGGCGGUGCGGCGAAGAGGGUCAUCGCGUGGCCGAAUGUUCGCAAGAACCUCAAACCCGCGUGGUCGACAACGAAGAUGGCACACAACGCGAAAUUUACGUGCCCAAGGAAAGAACAGAGGAGCAGCUCUUCGACACGGGCAUCUCUUCGGGCAUCAACUUUGACAAGUUUGACAAAAUUCCGGUCAGAAGCACAGGAACGGACACUCCCAAACCAAUAAACGAUUUCUCGGAAGCCAAUCUGAGAUCACUUCUCUUGGACAAUGUGACCAAAUCUGGCUACACUAGACCCACACCUGUUCAAAAAUAUUCGAUUCCGAUCAUUCUGGGCAAACGCGACUUAAUGAGUUGCGCUCAAACUGGAUCUGGUAAGACGGCUGCGUUUCUCUUGCCCAUCCUUCAUUCCAUUCUGGAAUCUGGAUGCGAAUCGAACAUGGGCGCCUGUCCGCAAACGCCACAAGCUGUGAUAGUGGCCCCCACCAGAGAACUGGCCAUUCAAAUCAAGGACGAAGCGAGAAAGUUCUCGCAAGGAUCGAUGCUUAAGUGCGUCGUAGCGUAUGGAGGGACAUCAACUGGUUACCAGUUAGGAACGCUCAGCCGAGGCUGCCAUGUCCUCAUUGCCACGCCUGGCCGUCUUAAUGACUUUGUCGAGAAAGGGAAAGUUAGCUUUGAAAACGUCAGAUUCUUGGUUUUGGACGAAGCUGACCGAAUGUUGGAUAUGGGUUUCAUGCCCGCCGUUGAAAAAAUUGUCACCAGUGGGUCCAUGCCUCCGAAGGGUGAGCGACAAACCCUGAUGUUUUCUGCUACCUUCCCCGGGGAAAUCCAGGCCGCCGCCAAUGAUUUUUUGGUCAACUACGUGUUCCUGACCGUCGGUAUUGUGGGAGGAGCAAGCUCAGAUGUGGAACAAACUGUCUACGAAGUUGAGAAGUUCGGAAAGCGGGAUAAAUUGAUUGAUAUUUUGGACGACAAGUCUCCCACCGACCGGAUGCUUAUUUUUGUCGAAACAAAGCGAAAUGCCGACUUCUUGGCUACAUUCUUGUCUGGGAAAGGCCAUCCUACCACCUCAAUUCAUGGAGAUCGCCUUCAACGCGAACGGGAGGAAGCCCUCCAAGAUUUUAAGACUGGUAACAAACCCCUAUUAGUGGCUACUGCCGUUGCUGCUCGUGGUUUGGACAUCAAGGGUGUUGCCAGAGUGCUUAAUUACGAUCUUCCCAAAUCCGUGGACGAGUAUGUCCACAGAAUCGGUCGAACUGGACGGGUGGGAAAUUUGGGAAAGGCUUACUCCUUCUUUGAUCCGUCCCAAGAUUCUGACCUCGCGCCGGGUCUGGUCAAAAUUCUUAGCGAGAGCGACCAGGUUGUGCCCGAAUUUCUAUCGAACUUUGCCGCUGGAGCCGGAGCUGGAUUUGCUGGAAACGACGGCUUUGGAGGGAAAGAUAUUCGUGCCAACGACACUGAAGAUGCCGAUGAAUGGUAAAUCAAUCCCAAUUUCGAGAAGAAAUGUCAAGCAAGGGAGGAUCAUCCGGAUUGUUAUUACUUGUUUGACUUCAUGUUAAGUUUCUUCGUUAAAAGUUCGAAAUAUAUAAUGUAUGAAUCCAA